CUAAGCCCGGACCAGCGAGCGGAAGAGAUCGGGGCCGCGGAGAGAGGCACUGAGACCGUUUGGCGGCGGUGAGUCUGGGGCCAGCCCGAGCUGAAAGUCCCAGGCCCGGGGAGACGCCAAAAGAAACGGAGAUACCUGGGGUUCCGGAGCAGUCGCCACUGGUUGCUGCAGCUGCCCUGCUUCUGCCGCCGCGACGCCUCCGCCCUCGCUGCUGAAGACGCGGCCCUGACAGGCCUGUAGGCCUAGGCGCGGCCGGCCGAGCCCGACGUGUUGCCGCCCGUGCAGCUGUGAGUAAUCCGAGCGCCCUCUCCACGGUCGUGUACAGAUUAAAAUGGAGGAAAUUUCGUUGGCUAACCUGGAUACUAACAAGCUAGAGGCCAUCGCUCAGGAGAUAUACGUAGACCUAAUAGAGGAUUCUUGUUUGGGCUUCUGCUUUGAGGUGCACCGGGCAGUCAAGUGUGGGUACUUCUACCUGGAAUUCGCAGAGACUGGUAGCGUGAAGGAUUUUGGCAUUCAGCCAGUGGAAGAUAAAGGAGCGUGUCGCCUCCCGCUUUGCUCCCUUCCCGGAGAAUCUGGGAAUGGGCCUGAUCAGCAGCUGCAACGCUCACCUCCGGAAUUCCAGUAGCUGCAACAUGAGAGUCUGAGGGUGACCAGGACAAUAACAUAGACCAGUCCUGUGGUUUUGAGAAGUUAGGUAGCUAAGUAGAAAAAAAAAAAAAAAAAAAAAAAAAAUCAGACAAAAGUCCCAGUUCCCAUUGAAGAACCUAGCCUUUAAAAACUUGGAGUGGAGAAUUUAGGAAUUCGGAUCCUUGUAUAAAUGUAUUACUUUUGGAUCAGCUUUGAAAUCCUGGACAGGAGGGGCGGUGCUGUGCAUCCUGCACGCCAGGCAGUGGUUGAUUUCUAAACCCACCAGAAAGUGCACAAGAACCCUGUACUGUCCCCAGUGCACAGGUGAGCAUCUGUGUGCUCAGCAUAUAAAGUUCUUUGGUUCCUCAGCCUUUCUGUCUGCCUGAUGUCAAGGGCUUUCUGGAUAACUGACCGUUUGGACAUAACUGAUGGUCAGGCCUUAAUUGUUGGGCCUCAGUGGGACUGCACCUCUGAUCUCUGAGCCUCUGAUUUGGGCUUCUCCAAGACAAAUGAAAGUCACUUAUGAGAUCUGGAUAUUAAUCGUUCCGAUCUGGGAAAGCCAAGAAAAAGAAUUCCCAGCUGAAUCUGGUAGGAGAAGUUCUGUGGUCUUGACACCAACAAGAAGAAAAGCUCAAAGCCACCAGUUUCCCAAAGGUCCAGCGUUUAACAGUGACUUCAGCGGAGUUGGGGACAUGGGCUAGCGUUUUGCUGAACAGAGCCCUAUUUCUUGCACCCCACCUGGUGGCAUAGGCUUAGCAGAUGAAUGACUUGGUUAUCCAGGCAGGCUGAGGAUUAAGUUAUGGUCCCUUGGGGAGGUAGCAGGGCCUUCUGCGACUAUGCACGAUCUUUCAAACUGCAGGAUUCAUAUCUGGAUGUACUGUGCUGUGGACAACAGUUCGGUGGGGCAUUUUCCUACUCUGAGUUACUCGUGACCUAGCAAGUCCAUGGGUCUGACUUGGUUAUUAUGCCAGGUCACUACCUGCCUGCCACUUUCGGGGCAGGAGUGAACUAUGGAAGAGCAUCAUGGCUGUGCAGGAGGCUGUGGUUUGAAAGCUGAGCCCGGAGGGGACCUGUUUCAGCUGCGCUCACUAAUGUGAAUGGGUUAGUGCUAGGAGCCAAGGAGCAGGACUGGGUCCACCCUCACCUGACUGUGCAGUAUCCUAUUGAACGCCCCUGUUCCUUGGGUUGGGCAGUCACAGAGCUCCGUGGCAGGGAACAUCUAGACUGUCACCACCUUCUCUGCCCCUCCCGAAGGGCAGCCCUUUCCACUCAGUUCCCUUUGGACCUUCUUGACAACAAGAUCUGUCCUUUUGUUGUUGGAAGUCAGGAAAUGGCCCCCAGUAACCCUCUGGUUUUAGGGAAUGGGAUAGGGGAGGAUGGGAAGUGUGAGCUGAGUAUCAAAAACUACCCUCCACUUGACGCCCUGGUUGAAGUUGAUGAAGUGUAUAGGGGUGGGAGCCCCAAGGUGAGCGGGAACGGUGCUGCUUUUAUUUGAAAUGUUUUCUUACCUCAUUCUGUGCCCCAGUAAGGGGCCCAGCCUCCUUUGUCUGGCUUGGCCCCGUGUCCCUCCAGCCCCCUGCUCCGUGCCGAUCUGGUGCAGCUCAUCAGCCCGGGUGCUGCCUGUCGCUCUAUAUUCGCGCUGACCAGUUUCAGUUUCUCUCUCUUGAUGCUCCUACUUCUGAAGGCUGCCCAGUUUCCCUUUCCUGGGCUUCUCUUAAGUUUGUUUUGUUUUCUUGUUUUUGUGAGAGAGAGCAGAAUCUUUCUUAUGGCUCCCUCUAUUGGGAUUAGGAUGGGAAGAGAAAGUAAUUUUUUGUAUAUGAAAAGCAGUGUCAUGCCUAAGCAUUUCUCCUGUAGGACUCCUUGCUGGUAUGCCUUCCUGCUGGGUCUUAGUUCCUGAGGAGUUAUAUCUUCCCACCUCCACUUGGAUACUGCCCCCUAGGACCUAAGCAGAAAAGCAGUCAAGGCCGAGUGGCACAGGGACGGCGUAGGUUCUGAUCCAUUUUCUCUAACCCUUGCUGUGCAUGUAUCCGUCCUUAUCCCAGAAGGAGCUGUUUGGACUGUAUGGACUGAUUUGGGUUACAUACUCUAGAGGGUUAAGGGAAGCAUAGUAAUAGGGCCUCGAGACUGUUUAUUAUUGCAUUCUCCCUCUAGAGUUGUCCUGCUCAGGCUGAGGGCCUAGCUACAGAUUGGUCUUCAAUCCAAGAGUUGUAAUAACUGUUUAAAAAGUCAAACCCUGGCAAGAACUGAAAUAAUGUUGGGUUAUCUGCCCUUGCCUUUUUUAGAGACAUCUCCUUCUGAGGGGAUGCAGAAGGAAAGGAGGGUCUAAGUGAGACUCUGGCCUACUUAAAGAUAAUAGCUGGGAAGCAGGCUGCAGGUAAGGCCAUGGUCCACUCCUCCUUCAGAGAGGGAGCUUAGAUUGUGACAUUACUGUUUCCUUUCUGGCCUUUUCUCCUGGUUAGAGGAGGGAGAAGUGGAAAUAGUUUUGAGUAAUGGUUGGUUCAUAUUACCUCCCUCUUGGUUUGUGUUUUUGUUUUUUGCUCCCCAUUAUUAGGGCAGUAGCCCCCGGUCCUGGUUGGGUAUGAGGUGGGCUAGGUCCAACAGGUGCCCUGAGGGGACAACUAACUCCUUUCUUUUUGGGGGAGAGAAUGCUCCCUACCAUAUAGUUAACAGUGGUUAGGAACUCUCCCUUUCCCUAUCUUUCCUCUUAACAGCAGAAUUCCUGUCCUAAUCUCCUCAAUUAAGUGUAUUGAUCACCCUGUAAUUCUAUUAUGUAUCUGAGUGUGUGUGUGUGUAUGGGGGGGAAGGGGUUCUUUACAAAUUUCUGUGGUUUGUGGCUUUUUCUUCCAUACAUUAGUUCCCACCACCGCAUGCCCAGGGGCCAUUGCCUGGCAUUAUCGCAUGCUGGGAUCAUCGGGGAAGUGUAGUGAAGCUCACCAUUGUCCUUUGUUUUGGAGAGUCUUAUUUUUGCAUAGGUAGUCCAUCCUAUACAGGUUGCUAACUAACUGUGUAUUCCCCUUGCCCCAUGGCUGCUGGUGUAAAUAAACUGCGUCUCCCCAUUGGUAAACAAUUACAAUAAACAAAAUUUUAAAAAAUGA